AUGGCCCUGUUUGCACCCUUCACCCUCUUCCAGAAGCUCAGUUUGGUCGAUGCGGUUGUAGCGGAGUCGCCGGCGUCGUGUUGCUGCCUCGAUGUGGCGCGUUACCGGCGCACCUUGGCCUCGUUGGUGUCCAGCACGGCGUGUAACCGUGCGACGCGGUUGGUGGUGUAUUUCCGUGGGGACGAGAUUAAACUCAUGCAAAACAACGUGCGCGACAACGCGGAAUAUGCGCUUCACACCCACGUCACGACACCACCGACGGAAGAGGCGACGCUGCGAUCCGUGGCGGCUUUACCGGAGGAGCAGCAACAGCAUGCCGCCCUGCUCCUUGUCCAGUGGAUGGCGAGUAUCCCUUUCUUCUACCACAGCUUCUGCGCGGAACAAAGCUGGACUGCCUUUGCUCAGGAGCAGCGACGCAUGGUGCUGCUGAAGGAGAGUCAGACACGGCGGGAGCGGCGUGAGCAGCGGCGACAGAAGGCUUCUGGCAACACAUCCUCCGCCGUGGACGCCACUGGACGCGGCAACCGCAUUGGCAGCAGUGGCAGCAGCCACAGUAGCAUCCUCACGAAUAAUAGCAAUAAUGAUAAUACUGAUAACAACAAUAAUGCUGCCGCGGACGCUGACCGCGGUGACGUGAGUGGUGGCGUUCUGAACGACGAUGAUGAGGAUGAGCGGCAAUCGCUGCUCUCGCAGCAGAGCGCCCUUUCACUGGUGAGCCGGGCAAGUAUGAUCUCCACCAUGUCAAAGACAUCCAUGACUUCAUACCGCACGUUCCUUUCUGUCAUUGACGCGGCCCGCAACGAAGCUUCCCACACCGACGAUGCAUUGCACUUUCACCAGUCUGAGGACGGCAACACAAACCUUCCGCUUAUCCUCCUGGAGGAGGUCACACUCGCGCUACAACGAUUCAUGGGAACCGCCAGUGACUCUGGCGUUGCCGCCAUGCUUGAGCGUUUUGGGCUUCAGACACUGGCGUGGCGUACGAUUGGUGAGCUGUACGCGUUCAUCCAGAGCACCAUUACUGCCGCGGCCCCUUCAGCAUCCUCGGCACUCUCGAGUAACACGACGGCAGUCCGUAAUACUGCCGUCGCGGGUGCCGCGACGCCCGCUGUGUUUCACCUCGGCAAUGAUAUUCGCUACAACAAGGGCCUUGGAUACGAGGUUCUUGGGCUGCUUUUCGCUAAGGUUGUCUUGCCGCAACUGCUUACUGCACGUGGCGAGCCUGAAGCGGCGGAGCGGAGUGUGGAGUCGGCCAUUACGCGUUGCCUUUCCGCCUACGAGGUAAUUGCACCGCAAGUUAUUGAUCAGAACGUGUCAGCGAUUCUGCGCAUUGCCGCCCAUGUGGCGAUGGAUGUGCCUUCGCAAAAGAGUAAGGGCGACACCAACAUCUCUGGCGCUUCCCUUGCUACAACGACGACGAUGCUGCAUGAAUUCCUCAUCAGUCUGGUGACUCGGCUGGGGAAGAGCAACCAAAUUCCAAUGCUUCUGGACGCUGCUGUCUCGCAUGUCAAGAAGGAGCGCGGCGCGAUGGAGGCUGUGGAGAAGGCGCACGGAGAGGAUCUUAUGGUGGCGGGAUUGCAUGAAAUAUUUUCUCAUCCACGUGUGCGGGCGUCUCUUCUGCAGGCGUGUGGGAUGUCGCUUGAUCCAGAGGAGUUGCUUGUACACCUGCUGACGUACGUCUCGCGCUGGGCUUCGGAGGAGGACCAGGCUGAGGAAAGUGAAGACGCGGAGGCGGAGAGCAAGGCGGGAAAAGGCUUUCCAAAAGCAAAGGCGACGUCGACGAAGUUGUCGCGGUUGCUGCCGGAGGAAGUUGUUUUCAUACUUGACCUUGUGGCAACAGUAAUGGAAGGUGUUCUUGCCACCUCCAUCACCGCCACUGCCCUCCUGGAGCGUGCCGCGGAGCUGGAACUCACCCUUUCCACCUUCUUGGUCAACCGCCUUCACAAAACUUUUUUCGCUGAGACGGCAGCAGAGGCGGAAGAAGACGGGAAGUUGCAGGCUGAAAAGAGGCGGAAUGCGGGGGCGGCACUGUUAUCCUCGCCCUUUGCCGGUGGCGAGGGCAGCGUGCGGCCCAAGAUGCAGCGCCGUCUUGUUCUGUACACGCUGCAUGCUAUUUAUCAGGCGCGAGAGCUUAUCUUUGGUUGCCUGCAGGAUCUUGGCAUUCAGAACGUGGAGGCCUACCUACAGAUGAUGGAGGAGACGAUGUGGCAAGUGCAAACACACGUGGGCGCCCUCGUUGGUCCUUUAUCUAUUGAAGAACUGGAUGCGAUGAUGAGUCUUUCCACACAAAUGCGUCACGCACCAUACGUGCAUCGCGCCACCUUGUUGCCGCAGCUUGUGCUGCAGCGCCUUACACUUGCGCGGUCCGUCUCCGUAGCCCUAAACGUCGCGGUGGAGCCAUUAACGGAGGCCAGACGAUUAACGACAUUUGUGCUGUGUCACAUGCGCUUUGUCAGCGAUGGUGGCUAUUUGCCUGACGGAGAAACUACACGCGCCUUGGAACUUGCCGAUCGCCUCACUGAGGACGAAUGGAAAUGUAUUGUGCAGUUCGGUCGCCCCAAACGCGUUCGUAGAGCACUUGUGUGGCUGUUGCGCGUUACGUUCGCCGCUUCUCCCACCGCAUGGCGUUCUGUCUCUUGGCUUGCACGCUGUCUCACCAGCUGUGCCGGCUUCCUGCUGGAGGCGCUGUGCGAAGUCAUCAUGGGCGUGACAGACGACGAGGUUCAUGCCUGCUGCCGCAGGCUGGCCAAGGUGGAGGGCAGGACAGAGGCGGAUGAAGAAGAAGAGGAAGAAGUGUUGCUGCAGCUCUGUGCCGCCCUGGGUGAUGUUCUGCGUCGCCUUGGACAUAUUCCCCAGUGGCCCGCACUUCUGCAGCGCGCCGUGCACUGGCUGCUGCUUAUUCAACCAGGGAACGCGGUCCUUGAGGAGGAGGAUAUAAAUAGCAAGAAGAAGAAACGCGUGCGAACAUGUCUGCUGGAACGUCGGCUUCUGGAGUUGGUUACGGAUUUUCUUUCGUGCGAGGAGGGUGUUCAGUCACUCUUCCGUCUUACCCUCCUAAGACCCGAUGAACCCAAUGCGGUGCAGCGUGCGGGCCGCAAGACUCGUAGAGAGAAGUCCACCGUAGUAAACGAAGCCUUCGUGCGGGUAAUUGGAGUGCCCUUCAUUCCAUCCGCAGCCGUCCUGGACACUCACGCUGGCCCGCUUGAGAAGAGGAGUAACGCGCGGGAAGGCGGCGGCGAUGCCGAGGAGGAGGAGGAGGAGGAGGAGGAAGGGAAUGAAGGCGAAACUGUGGCAAAGCGAACCGCCGCUGUGUGCAACGCGCUUGUCGGCCAAGUAUUUUCCAAGGAGUUUGCCGUCGUGUUGGUGCGUCAGAGCGAAGUGAAGGAGAUGGCCGCGUGUGGGGCGGGUAUACUGUGGCGGCUUUACACAACGUCGCUCCAGGUGUGCUCCGGGGAGCGAGCUGCAGCAGGCCCCCCGUCGCGGGCGCACCUCUUCGCCGUGUCCGUCGCGGAAGAGAUGUGCCGGCGCUGCUGUGACGCGGGCAACUUUACGGCGUUGUCCUCGUUUCUCAGCGCCAUGGGUGGUGGUCCGAUUGCCUUCUUCCGCGCAGCAGCGAACGGGGCCUUCCCGCAGGAGUCCGGGCGGAAGCGGCCUCGCCAUGAAACAAACGAAGAAGGCUCGCUGGCAAAGACAACAACAAACACGGCGGCGGCGGCGGCCUCGGACGACGACAGGGAGGGCGCUGGGGAGGAGCAUGAUGCAGUGGCAGUGGGGCACAACAAUGGCGGCCACGACGGUGCCGAGGGGCGGCCGCUUCACGCGGUGUCGGUGCGCUGGAUGGACCUCCUGGGCAAGCUCUUUCUCCAGGUAGUACAGAGCAUUAAGACAGAAACAAAUGAGCCUUUGCUCCACGCCUUCACCGCUCUUUACAUGUCGCUCGAGCGGGUUCGCGGCUAUGCGGUGUUGCCCCAAGGGCCUACGAAGCGACCGCACCAACGCCGGCAGCAAGAGGAGCAUUCUGGUCGGCGCCUGGGCAGUAGUCUUGCCGCUGCAGCGAUGGCAUUCCCCGGUAUUUCAGGAGCCUACGAUGAGGUAUGCCAACUCUUUGCCCCAACAGACGAGAAAACGCGCUGGGACAGCCUUGUCGUACUCGUACGACUGCUCAGUUCAGAGAGCGAUUCCGCGCUCCGUGUGCUGUGGGUGUUGUUCCUACUGCAGGAGGGACGACAGCGCCCCGUGGCCGUGGGGAAGGAAGAUGGCACCAGUAAGGAUAGUGAUUGUUGGUUUGCCGCGCUGCUGAGCAAUUUUGACCCACGGCAAGACUACUGUGCAUGCGAUACGGUCAUGCAUCAGUUGCUGGUGGCAACGGAGUCGUGCUGGAAGACGGGAGGGCGACGGGGAACUCACGGCUUCACAUUUGUUGCAGCUCAGCAUGAGGCGAUGUACCUCACCGGCGCAGCGACACGAUGGCUGUUGCGGCAACUGCGUGUGAUGCCUGUUAUUCUGCACGCCUUUCCCACCGACGCUGCCCCCAUACUACUGCAAGAGUACAUGCACAGCCUCCUGCAUGCGGCGGUACCGUCGUCCUCCUUCUCCACGGCGUGCUCUGUUUUGCCGUCACCCACGCCUCCUACCGCGUUCACCGCCCAGUGCCUGAGUAGAUACGAGCAGUUGCUUAGUGCCGCUUGCGCCUCCCUGCAGCAGCUAAGUACGGUGCCGCACAUGCGGUUUAGUGUGUGGCGCGGGGAUGUUAAGCGGUUGCUUGUGGCGAGCGGCACAAAUGCCCUGCGCAACAGCGCCGCAAAGGCGUUGUGGUGUCAAGUGUUGGAACUCUGCGCCCUGCCGCUACCAGCGCUUCACUGCGAUGACGCAUUCAUCGACCACGAGCUGGGCUUUGUGCAUGCCCUCCUAGUCGAGUCGAGUGACACGUGUCACCUGGAGGAGGCGGUGCUCCUCCGCGUUCUGCGCCUCUUUACACGCACACUUCUCCCGCUUGGUGUCUUGUGGCGGCGACCGCAUCUCCUGCCGGCGUUGCUGUCAGCGCUACUCACCCGAUUUCUUGAAAGCGUCUCACGCGGACACUCGGGUCGAGUGGUGCUGAAUCAGCUCUCCUCCUUCUUCUUUCAGCUCGUGAAGGACGCGAGCCACGGCGGCAAAGGCGACAGCCACGGCGGCGUCCAGACCUCUCCCUCCGUGAAGAUGCUCUGUCUUGCCUCGAUCACGUCCUGUCUCUUCCGCCAGUCCGUCGCGUACAUGGACGUCUUCACGACGCACAGCAGUGACCUCGACUUCCUUGCCGCGGACCUCCUGAAGGCGUUGCAGCGCAUUCACCUGCCACGGCGCAACGCACCGUCGGUGUUGCGGCAGGAGCGGCCUGUGUGGUCGGACGCGACACUGUGCGAUCUCAGCUACGCUUCUGUGGGCAACGACGACGGACAGAGUCUCCUGCGGCAAGCGGCCGAACGCGUGGAAGAGGAGGAAGGCAAUGGCGAGCGUCAGAUCUUCAUGGUGCCGACAUGA